AUGUCGAACCAGCAGGUGGGCACGGUGUUCGAUCGUGUCAUCCAGGAGGUCUGUGAUGGCUCCCAGGUGGACUUCGAGGAAAGUGGUGUGGACCAGCAAACACUGUUAGAUUUGCGCAAGAGCUGGCAGAAGAAGCUCUCCUCAUUGGGUGUCGCUCACUUCCCUUGGGAUCCGCCGCCGCCGCAACCGGCUCCCCCUCAGACGCAAAAUAUCCUCCCUCCUACAGCAACUGUACCAUCAAAUGCUCCCCGGCCUGGUCCGCCCCCUCAGCCACAGCAUCAUGUUCCUCCUCCACCUCUGCAGCAACCCAUUCCUCAGUCCGCCCCCGCUACGGCACCUCCGCUCCAAGCUCCUACUCCAGUUGGGGCCGGCCCCAAUGCCAUGGGUCAACAACAACCUCACAUCAAGACCGAACCUGGCGUCAACGGUCAACCGGGGAUGAUUCCGAUGAAUAAUAUGAUGAUGCCAAACUCCUCCAACCCUCAGUCUGCUCAAGAACGGGCUGCCAAUAUGCUUCGUCAGCGUUACGGCGCAGCAGCCGCUAACUCGGUCAGUCAGCUGCAAGCACAGUCACAGGCACAAGCAGCCAUGGCCAUGCCGGGCCAGCAGCGCCCCCAACCCAUGCAGCAUGUGCCCAACGGACAGGCUCCACAGAUCAAGCAAGAACCGGGUUACCCCCCUGUGUCUCAACCCCCCGUCGGCAAUACUCAAACGGACGGUGCCGGUGAUGAUGCCUUGUCUGCAUGGAAGGCUGAGGUUGCACGGAGGCGGGAAGCUGCUGAACGCCAGGGAGGAGAAGGCGAUCGUCUCCUUCGUGAACAUCUCAGACAACGGAUGCUCCAAUUAGAAGGCGGUGGUCUGAUGGAUGAGGAUGAUGAAGAUGCUAUCAACUCGGACCUUGACGACCCUGAUGACCUUGUUGCUGAGGAUCAUGAUGCUGAAGAUGCCGUAGGCCAGGUCAUGCUUUGCACUUACGACAAGGUACAACGCGUGAAGAACAAGUGGAAGUGCACACUUAAAGAUGGUAUUUUGACCACCGGUGGCAAGGAGUACGUCUUCCACAAAGGUCAAGGAGAGUUCGAGUGGUAA